AUGGAACAAGAAGAAGCAGUUGAUGAAUUUGGUAGACCAUUAAGACCAAAUAGAGAUAGUUCGUCCGAUAGUGAUAGUGAUAGGGAUUAUGAUAAUAGAUAUAGAAAGAGAAGAGAUGAUAGUAGAGAGAGAGACUAUGAAAGAUAUUCACCAGAUAGAUAUUCAAGAAGAGGUGAUCAUUCACCUGAAAGAAGAAGAAGAUCACCUUCACCAUAUAGAGGUAGAGGUAGAGGUAGAGAUGAUUGGGAUGGUGGUAAUAAUAAUAAUAACAAUAAUAAUAAUAAUAACAACAACAAUAAUAAUAACAAUAAUAAUAACAAUAAUAAUAUUAGUAGUAGUAAUAAUAGUAACGGGUAUAGAGGUAAUAGAAAUGGGUUCCCUUCGUCAAUGGUUGUAGAUAAUAAUAGUAAUAAUAAUAUUAAUAAUAACAAUAUUAAUAAUAAUAAUAAUAAUAAUAAUGAAAAUAAUAAUAAUAAUACUAAUGGAAUGACAACAUCAACAUCAACAUCAAUAUCAAGUCCAUCAACAAUUCCAAGUGGAUCAGCAAAAGGAUUAAUAGGUGGACCAAAGAGGGCACAAAAGAGAGGAGAUAUUUUUGAAGGUGGUUAUUUUAGAUCUUAUAAACAGUUUUUAGAUUAUCAAGAUGAUUCAAUCACACCAAUUGAAGCAGAUAAAAAAUAUGAAGAAUAUAAAAUUGAAUACUCAAAGAGACAAUCUAGAGUAUUCUUUAAGGAGCAUCAACAAGAAGAAUGGUUUAAAGAAAAAUAUGAUCCUUUCUUUUUAGCAAAGAAAAGAAAAGAAAAAGUUGAAAAAUCAAAAUCAUUUAUUCAAACUUUUGCUUUAAAUUUAAAUGAUGAAAAUCAUAAAUUUUCAUUAGAGUCAAAGGAUAAUAUUAAAGAAGGUGAUAAAUUAGAUUUAGAUGGUUUAGAUAUGCAUCAUCAUCAUCAUCCUCAUAUAAAUAAUGAGGAUAAUAGUAACAAUAUAAAUAAUACAUCAACCACAACCAAUAAUACAAAUAAUACUACAACUAUAACAACAACUUCAGCAACAGGUGAAGAAGUUAGUGAAUCAUCAUCAUCAUCAUCAUCAUCAUCAUCAUCAUCAUCAUCAUCAUCAUCAUCAUCAUCAUCAUCUACAACAACAGAAACAGAAGAAAAGAGUAAUAAUAAUAAUACUAACAACAAUAAUAAUAGCAAUACCAAUAACAACAACAAUAAUAAUAUAUCAACUAGCAUAACAUCUAUAAAUAAAUCUAAUAUUAAUGAUAAAGAAAAAUCAACAUUAUUUAUUAAAGCAGUAUCACCUACUUGUACAAAAGAAGAAUUAUUGGAAGUUUUAAAUAAAGUUGGAAAUGGUGAAAUUUGUGUUACAAAGUUAACAUUAAGUGAACCAGUUAGAUAUAAAAACUUUUAUCGUUUAGGUUGGGUAACUUUUAAAAAUGCUGAACUCGCUUCAAAAGCAUUAAAAGAAUUAAAUGGUCAUAAGAUGAGAGAUUUCGAUUUAUAUUUAAAUAUUAAUAAACCAUCAGAAGAUGCAGAAAGAAGAUUUAAGAUUACACCAAAUAUUGCAUCAACAGAGAAUAGAAUAACUAUUGAUUUAGAACAAUCAACAACAUUGAUGAAAUUAUUUGAUGAAAAUAAAGGUAUCACAAAUAAUCCAAUCAAUUCAUUCGAGAAAUGGGAUUCAUUAACAAAUAUUGAACGUUUAGAUAGAACUAUACUCUAUCUUAGAUAUGUUCAUUUUUAUUGUUAUUAUUGUUCUGAGGAAUUUAGUGAUGAAUGUGAAACCACUAGAAAAUGUGGUACCAUUCAUUUAAGAAGAACACAGGGUGAACAAACUUCAAUCAUUAAUAAUAAUAAUAAUAUUAAUAAUAAUAACACAGCUAUUCAAUCAUCAUCAUCAUCAUCAUCAUCAUCAAUUACCACAUCAACAACAGCAACUACAACAACAAAAACAACAGAAAAUAAUAAAGAAGAACAAGAAGAAGAACAAGAUAAAAUAAAAGAAGAUAAAGAAGAAGAAGAAGAUAAAAUACAAGAGGAUAAACCUGAAAAAGUAGAAGAAGAAAAUCAAGAUAAAAUAAAAGAAGAUAAACCUGAAAAAGUAGAUGAAGAUAAAGAAAUGGAGGAUGAUGAAACAACAACAAAAACAACAACAACAAAUAAUACUACAUCAGCAACAACAACAACAACAACAACAUCAAUGGAAAUUGAUAAUAAACAACCAAAAUUAACAACAGAAAGUGAAAUGUUAUGGGUAACAUCUUUGGAUAAUAAUACAAAGAAUAAGAUUAAUAAGAUUCCAACAUCAGAAGAACAAUAUACUUGUAAGGAAUCAAUUGAAAAGGCGGCUGAAGAAUAUAUUGCCACCAAUACCAUAAAGAUUGAAGAGGAGAAAUUUAAAUGUAGUUUAUGUUCAAAAUUAUUUAGAGGUGCAGAGUUUGUAAAGAAACAUAUCAAUCUAAAGCAUCCUGAAGAUUUACAAAAGGAAUCGGAAGCAAAAGGAACAGAGGAACAAUUCUUUUUAAAUUAUUUCUCUGAUCCACGUCGUAUCACACCACUACCACCGCAAAGUCAAAAUCAAAAUCAAAUGGUUUUCGGUGGUUACGGACCUAGUGCUCCAGGUGGUACAGGCUUAGGUAGAGGUGGUCAUCCACCUGGUACUGCCACUCAAAUGUUAACACCAAGAACUAGAUUUAAUCCUGCCAUUGGUCAAUGGGAAACUGUGGUGGUUCCAAUGAUCAUUCCAGGUAUGAUUCCAAAUCAAGGUAUGGUUCAAAUUAUGUCACCAGUUUUCGCCUCACCAAAUAAUAUGCGUGGUAGACCUGGUGGUGCAAAUGGCACUGCCACUGGUGGUGGCGGCGGCGGUAGUGGCAACGGAGGUCCAAUCCCUCCUCAUAUGGUGGGUGGUCCUGUUCCAAUGAGACGAAGUUAUGGUGGUCCAACAGGUAAUCUCUCUCCAAAUAGUAGUAGCAAUGGUGGUGGUAGUGGAGGUCGUUAUGGUAGUGGCCCUCCUGGUAUGGAUGGCGGUCCACCACAAUCAAUGCGUUAUCGUCCUUAUCCAACUCAACCCUCAAGACACAGUACCUCCUCAAUGGAUCCAAGAGGAAUUAGAGAAUAUGUUGAUCUCGAUGCUCCAAUUGAUCAUGUACCUGAAAUCGAUUAUAGAUCUGCCCUUAAAGAAUAUCAAAAUAAAAAGAGUUUAUAA